AUGCCGCCAGCUGAAGGAACCCGCAAACCCAUCGACAUCCUCCUCAUCGAAUCUCCCGUCCAAGCAAUCGACCAUGCGCGGCGCGAGUCCCUCGUGCAAAAAUACAACCUGAACCUCAUCUACUACGACUGCACCACCACCACCCAAUUCAAAGAACGCCUCGCACCGGGCGGCGCAUACAGCGCCAUCACCGCCAUCCUCCGCAACGGGUGGCUAAAGGCCGGCCCCUACGCCUACCACACGCCCUUCUCCGCCGAGUUCAUCCCGCACUUCCCGCCGUCCCUGAAACUCAUCUGCUGCAGCGGCCACGGCCACGAUACAGCUGACAUCCCCGCUCUCACGGCGCGGGGGAUCUGGUACUGCAACACCCCGAAUGCAUGCACGGAGGCCGUGGCGAAUACGGGGCUGGCGCUCGUGCUGGAUAGCUUUCGGUACCUGAGUUAUGCGCAGUGGUGCGCGAGGUACGACUGGAUGGCGAGUCGGGCGUUAGGGCUGAAGGCCGUUGAUCCGAGGGACAAAGUCCUGGGGAUCGUGGGGCUAGGCGACAUCGGGCUGGCCAUUGGCAGGAAGUGCGAGAGCGCGCUGGGGAUGAGGGUUGUAUAUACGGGGCCACGUCGGAAAGUCGAUGCGGAGCGCCAACUUGCCGGCGGCGCGAGGUUCUAUGGCUCUGUCGACGAAAUGAUCCCGCACAUUGACUGUGUUGUUCUCUCUGCGCCGUAUACGCCUGCUACGCACCAUGUGCUUUCGCAUGGGCAGUUUGCGCGCGCGAAGAGCGGCGGGUUGAGGGUUGUGAAUGUUGCGCGCGGUAAGAUGCUGGAUGAGGGUGCGCUGCUUGAGGCGCUUGAGGCUGGGAAGGUCGUUGGUGUUGGACUGGACGUGCAUGAGGACGAGCCGGGGGUUAAUGACCAGCUAAAGGAGAACUGGAUGGUGACGCUGUUGCCGCAUAUCGGGGUCUGCUCGGAGAGUAGUUGGGAGGGGUUUGAGAGCGGGAAUUGGGGGAAUUUGGAGAGCUGGUUGAGGACUGGGAGGCCGGAGACGCCUGUUAAUUGGGUUGGGGGGAAUCAGCAUGAUGAUGAUGAGAAUGAUGAGAAGUCGAUAGUUUCCGAGUUGACGUGA